UUCAUACAAUUUAGUUCAUUUUACUGUGUCGCCAUGACUCUCAUACUGAAAUUAUUAUGUGUGACUGUUAGUGCAUUUCUUCCAGUAGCAUGGGGUUCAGCCUUACAUACUUCAAUUCACUUGGGCAUCUAUGGUGGACAUGCUGUAUCUAUUGAAGACGCGCCUUACAUGGCGGCCCUGUUUGGAGAAUACCACGGGUUCCGGUACUUCUGUGGAGGAUCCAUCGUCCAUGAGAGAUUUAUUCUUACUGCAGCACAUUGCAUAAGGAGUAUCGAAGACACGUCUUCAAUAAAGGUUCUGGUGGGCUCCGACAAUUUAGAAACCAAUUCUGGAGUUUUCAUAGACAUACAAAAGGAGCUCUAUUACAGGACAUUCAUCCCUUUCGGGAAUAUAAAUGAUAUAUGUCUCUUGAAAUUAAAGGAGCCAAUACAGUUUGGAAACAAGGUGGCUAAAAUUUCACUGCCUGAUGAAGGAUUGGAACUAGAAGAAGGAGCUCAGGUCAAUGUUACUGGAUGGGGCUCAACUGAUGGUUACUACUAUGAGAAUAACCUCCGCCAAGUGACAGUACCGGUGGAGUCACAAGACAACUGCGCGAAGAUCUACGUCGACCUGACCGACUAUAAGAUGUGCGCAGGAGUGGACGGCCAAGAUGCCUGCUGGGGUGACAGCGGAGGCCCACUAACAUACAACAACGUGCAGAUCGGAUUAGUGUCGUACGGCGAAGGCUGCGGCCAACAUUCAUCGGUGUACACCAGGGUGGCCAAAUAUGCCAAGUGGAUCACCAAGACUAUUAGGCAAAAUCUUUAAUUUAUAUUUCUACAAUAACUUAAAUUAAAAAAAAAGAAAUUCACACCGAUACAAUCGCUCUGACCUACUGAGCUACGGGGGCCUACCAGAUUUGUGCAAAUUGUUCUACCUUCCCUCUAAAAUGCUUCCAAGAAUAGAUGAGCAA